CUCAACGAACGCAAGCUGAUCCCAAUCAACCUCCGCCAGCCCGGAUAGUGAUGCCGCCAGCUAAUAGCAGAAGCAGUCGAGGACGUUCAUCGACAUCGGCACAGGAUGACGAGCCUAAACGACGGAUUAAGGAGCUUCUUCGCACAAACGGUGUUAGGCUUAUUGAGGGACGAGAAGGAAGAAUUGGAACUGGCACGCAUUCGCACGUCUACAAGGCCACAAUGUCAUCAAGGAACAAUGAACAGGUUGCAGUAAAGCUAGUCGACCUCAGAAGGCGCGGUGAAUACAUUGAACGCUUCAUGCCCAGAGAGCUGGCGAUCAUUCCUCGUCUUGAUCACGUCAACAUUGUUGCAGCCUAUGCGAUCCAUCGAACAAAAGAAUAUGUCGCCAUCGUUGAGGAAUACGCACCGGGUGGCGAUUUGCUCAACUACAUUAGAACAAAGCCAGACAGAUAUUUGGAGGAACGCGAAGCAAAGCCCAUCUUAAGACAAUUGAUGGAUGCAAUAGUCUAUCUUGAGCGACAACACAUUGUACACAGGGACAUCAAAUGCGAGAACGUCUUUCUGGACAGCAAUUUGCGUGUCAAACUUGGCGAUUUUGGCUUUGCUCGUGAACUUCGGCCAGGGGUAGAUUCAAAUACCCACUGCGGCUCUCGACCAUAUGCAGCGAUUGAAUUACUGAGCGGUCGGACCUACAGAGGCAAUGGGGUAGACAUUUGGAGUGCAGGCGUUGUUCUCUAUGUUAUCCUUACAAGUUUCUUUCCGUUUGGCAGUAGCAAAGAUGAAGUCCCGGCCAUUAUCAAACGUCAAAAAGCCCAGUCAAUUCACUUCUCUCACCGUCUUAGCGCUGAAGUUCGUAGUCUGAUCCUUGGUAUGCUGCAUCCUGACCCUAAAAGGCGUUUGACUUCCCGCCGCAUUCUUGCUCACCCGUGGCUGGCCGAAACUUAGUGAACACCGAACGUGAUGACUGAUGAUGGAUUGCGGCAGUCGGAUGAUAAGAAUUAGACAGACAAGAUUCAUCCACAGUCCAAACCAGAAUUGAUAGUAAAUUAAAAAAUUCUAUACUUGUUUGUACAAAAUAUAUAAAUAUACCUAUAUUUUGUU